ACAUACUCGAGCUUCUACCCAUACACACGCACAUACAUACCUACAUACAACUACCGCAACCACCUUCACGACCAGUCAUCCAGCCCUCCCCCCGAACGAAUACGUCAUGUCAUUAAGUACGGAGAAAAGCGAAUUCUUCCUUCAAAAUACCCUCAUACUCUACGCCAUCGGAGCCGUGGCUGCGAUCCUUCGAAUCAUCAUUCGAUGGCGUCUGAUGCACCGACUCGGCGUCGAGGAAUGGAUCAUGAUAUUCGGUCUCCUCUGCUGGACCGGCGACACGGCGUUAAUCACAGUCACCGUGAACAAGGGAACGAAUCAAGUACCGAGCGACCAUAGGUUGACAAUGUCGCCACACCAGGUGCACGAGAGGGAAAUCGGCUCCAAGUCCUUCAUCACCGCAUGGUUCCUCUACGUCACAGCGAUCUGGGCGUGCAAGGCUGCCAUCCUGAUGUUCUACAAGCGCCUCACCGAGCGUGUCAUGGAGCCAAAAAUCAACAUCGCCGCUGCAGGUACACUGGGAUCCACCUAUCUGGCCUGCAUGCUCUCGCUUUGCUUCGUCUGUCGGCCGUUCUCUGGCAAUUGGACCAUAUUCCCAGAUCCCGGACCGGCUUGCACGGAAGGAUUACACUAUGUGUGGAUUGUCGGUGUCCUCAAUAUCAUUACCGAUCUGAUGCUCCUCUGUAUCCCGAUCCCGCUCCUCAUCCACCUUCAGGUGACUCUCACACGCAAGAUCCUUCUGGGUGCUCUCUUCGGUCUCGGAAUCUUUGUCGUUGUCGCCACUAUUCUCCGCAUCUAUUUCACCGUGGUUGGUGGCAGCAUCUCCAAUAUGACUUUCUGGUCCAUGAUCGAAACCUCGACCCUAUUCGUCGUUAGUAACGCCCCCGGAAUCAAAUCAUUCUUCACCAGCAAGAAGAAGCAUAGCUCGAGCAACGGUAACUCGGGCAGCGGACUCUCCCGCUCGCACGAGAUGAACAGCAGCAUCGCGCACACACACUCCACCAAUAACCACAACAAAUCGCGAGUCCGCAAUAGCAUCACGGGCAACAACGGCAAGAGCACAAGCGAUUCACAAGAAUGGAUUGUCGAUCCCCAGAAUCCCAUGGUGAUCCACCAGAGCACACGCAUCGACGUUACCGUCGAAGGUGCCAGCUCCGAUUCCACCAAAGAUGACAAGGCCCCGAGCUAUCAGGUCUCGGCAGAGGCAAGAAGUCAUAAUAGUAAUUAAUGGUUCGUUCAUGUCAUGUGUAUCAUACUCUGCCAUCGUAUUGCUUUUCUUUCCUUUUUCUCUUUCGGUCCGUGUGUAAAUCCUUCUUAUUGUGGCCUGGGGUGUUUUGUUUCG